CCUGUCUGUAAGCAAAACCCACGGACGGACGGACGGACGGACUGGACUGCUGCGCUGGGGAGGGCUCUCCUUGUAUUGGAAGCAUUCCCGAUCCUGGGAGACGCAAAGGUGGGACGAAGCCAGGACCAGCCGAUAUCUUCCUCCCCUCCCGCUUUUGUUUCCUGCCUUUUUUAAUGAGGCGCAGGCGCCGCGCUUUCCUGACUUGUCGCAGCAAAGCACAAAGGACGAAGCGCGGAGGGCACUCGCUGUGGCUCCAUUUUACAGGAGGAGCAGCAGCCCCAGCAGCGAGGCCGCGAGAGUGAGUUGAACGCCACGGGGCUGAAUGGCCGUGGCUGAGGGCGGCUGGUGCCUGCUGAAGCGCUACGGCCCCGACGACUUGCCCUGCCCGCUGGGCCCCAGGGAGCUGCCCUGUCCUUCGCCGUCGCCCUCCUCCUCCUCUGGCUGCUCCCCCGGAGGCGGCGGCGGCGGCAGGACCUUCAAGCAGGAGCCCGGAGGAGCGCUCCAACCCUCUCAGCCGCUGGGCCUAACCGAAGGCCGGGCCUUGCUGGGCCCCUUCGUGUCCCUGGCAGCGGCGCCGUCGAGCCUGUCCAGCUGGGAGGACGUGCUGCUCUUCGCGGACCUGGAUCAGGCCAACAAGCUCCUCUGGUCCAGCCGCGCCUCGGCCAAGCUGAGCCCGGAUCCUUCCCAGCCGCCACCGCCGCCGCCCGUCGAGGAUAUGUACCACCACCCACACACCCAUCACCACCCGCACCACCACCCACAGGGCCUGCAGGGCGGCCCCUACGACGGCUCGUCCCCCAGCAGCAGCGGCGGAGGCAGCGGCUUCCUGUCCUCCUCGGCCGGAUCGCCGGUCUACGUGCCCACCACCCGCGUGGGGUCCAUGUUGCCCUACCUACAGAGCCCCCCCGGCGCCGGGCAGGCCGGAGGCCCGACGGCCUGGUCCUCGCAGGCGGCCCCCGAAAGCCCCACCUCGUCUUAUGGCGCCACCGGCGGGGGAUGCGGCCACCCGGCCUCGGGCCGCUUCGCCUACCCGGCCAGUAGCGGCUCCCCCGCCAGCAACGGCGCCUCCCGGGAGCCCGCCAGCUACAGCCCCCGCGAGCAGUUCCGGCCCCUGAAUGGAUCCUACUAUGGGCCCUACGUGGGCCCCCAGUUCGGCACCCCGGGCUGGGCCAGCCCCUUCGACAACUCCAUGCUGCACUGCCUCCCCAGCCGAGCCGGCCCCCUUGCCGUGAGGCCCUCCGGCGCAGAUCUUCUGGAUGAUCUGUCUGAAAGCCGGGAAUGUGUCAAUUGUGGCUCCAUCCAGACCCCCCUGUGGAGAAGGGAUGGCACUGGCAACUAUCUCUGCAAUGCCUGCGGGCUGUACACCAAGAUGAAUGGCCUUAGCAGGCCCCUCAUCAAGCCUCCAAAGAGAGUGCCUUCUUCGAGAAGACUGGGUUUGUCUUGUGCCAACUGUCACACUACAACCACAACCCUCUGGCGCAGGAAUGCAGAGGGAGAACCUGUAUGCAAUGCCUGUGGCCUGUACAUGAAGCUUCACGGGGUGCCCCGACCCCUUGCUAUGAAGAAAGAGGGAAUUCAAACUAGGAAACGAAAACCAAAGAACAUUACUAAGGGAAAGUCAUGCUCUGGUAAUAAUAGCAAUAAUGCCGUCCCUAUGACUCCAACUUCAACGUCUUCUACGAACUCAGAUGACUGUAGAAAAAAUGCUUCCCCUACCACACAAACCACAGCCUCAGGGGCGGUGUCUUCAGUGAUGUCUGGCCGGGGAGAAAGCACCAGUCCUGAGACAAGCACACUCAAAUAUUCUGGCCAGGAAGGGCUAUAUUCAGGCGUCAGCUUGACCUCCACUGCAGAAGUCACAGCCUCUGUGAGACAGGAUUCCUCCUGGUGUGCCUUGGCUCUAGCAUGAAUUUCUGAUGAAUCGAAGGUGCUGGAUACUUGCACUAGGGGGGCCACCAGCUACACUUGUGUUGUGCAUUUUCCUUGUCCCAAGAAACAGUGACUAUGAUUCCUUGCCAGUGAUAUCUGUGCCUUGAUUCUAGAGGGGUUUUUUCUCCCCAUGGUCUCUGUUUUGAUUGCCCAGGUCCUCAGCAAUGCAAGACAGUCGAGGGAGCCCAAACCACUUCUGUUAGCUCAACAAGGAAUGCCCAUCUGCACUAUUGAUAGAUCUUCACCACAACUACCAGUGCUGCCUUGUGUGUUUGUGGAUUGUGUAUUUCUUCCACUCCCACUCGACCAACAUCCAAGAUCUGAUUGGUGUUGAUAUUAUUAUAAGACAAAGUAGACAAAGUUUGCAUGAUAAAGAAUAGUGCAACAUAGAAGAGCUAAACAACAAGUGUGCGGUUUGUCCUAAUGUGCACAUCUUGAACUUGACCGUUUGAUGCAAUCUUCUCUCACAGGUCAGUGUUUCAGCUAGUGCCUUCUGCUUACAACAUGCCCACAUUUCUAAGUAAGUUUUCUGAAGCAGACUUCCAAUACAGCCCAAUGAAGGAAAACACAGUUUGGUACACCCUUUUCAAGUUAGAACUGGCUAAUGAGAACUUGGGUUAAAAUAUUUGUGUUACUGUUUUUAACAUAUACUGUGAUGGAGGAGAAUGGAGUGUCUAUGUUGUGACUGAACUGUAUGUAGUCAGUCAGAAUUUGUAAACAGGGUAGAAUUCAGAUUUUUCCCCCUUUCCAUAUAUACAAUAAUUUUGUUUUUAUAAAAAGUGCAAUUUGUCUUGCAGCAAUCAGUGUUAAAUCAUAAGCAUAAGAUUUAACAACAGUUUUUAUAUGAAUGAAUGGAAUGAAUGUAAACAUUUUAACUUAAUGGUACGUAAAUAAUUUAAAAGAAAAAGUUACGUAGGCAUCAUUUUGUUGCAAUUUUUUAUUGUAACAAAACAACAUUCUACUUUUGUGUUUCUGAUUUUUAAAACACAUGUUUCAAGAACAAAUGUUUUCUCAGGAAAAAAAUUGAACCUACCUGCCUAUCCGGUCAUGAGCUUUUUAUAUAUAACUGCACAGUCAUCCCCACUAUCUUGCCACUGAAUAAAGUAUCUGCUAGAAGAAUAUCAAUUGCAGUGAAACGUUACUACCUAAUGGAUAAAAUAUGUAAAUACUCCAUCAAAAUAUUUAGGCAUCUUUAAAAUACUGGAUACAAUCUGUAUAAUAUACCUGACCCAUAGCUAGGUUGGUUUACAUUUUUUUUUUUUUUAAAAAGGGAUGUCAUGUGGAAAGUUGUUUGCAACAGUGGUUUGAAAAUAAAAGGGUUGUGUUUUUUCUCUC